ACGAGGUGAUGUCAUUGCCACACUUCUAUGUUUCGCCAUUUCUCGGAUUCCCUUACACGGCACCUCUCCUGGCUCCGUUGAGUAGUGAGUCUCCGGGCGCCCCGAGCAAAGACUAUUUGCCUAAGAUGCUAGGUCGAGUCUACGAACCGUUAAACUUUCGUUGUAGUUCAAUCGGCGGGAGCAAGCCUAAAGUGGCGACACCUACAGUGGUUGGCAGAAUUGAACAGUACAAGGGAGAGAACCCAACCAUGUUUGCAUGGGAGAUAAGAGAUAAACUUUUAGCAGAUGGUGUAUGCACUCACAGCAAUGUACCCAGCGUCAGCUCCAUCAACAGAAUACUCAGAAAUCGUUCCGCGGAGAAGGCGGCCACAGAGUAUGCCAGGAUGGCAUCCCAGGUAUUUCAUCCCCUGUAUCCGUCACCGUGGUGGCCUCCAUCUGGACCUGGACAUUUGUCUUCGGCUGCUUCAAUGGCAGCCAAUCCUCUUCUGGCUAUGGCACAGACUUCUUCAGCUCAUACCCCAAGAACCAAUCAGAUGUUUCCUUUUCCACUUCCUGUUACGUCAUCGCAACACGUGUCAGAUGAAAUGGAAGAAGAGGAAGAAAGCGGACAACUUCAAUAUAAUACUGACGAAGAAACUUCCACUGGGUCUCAAUGUGGACUAAGUGACCAAGACACUUUUCAAAAGCUGCGGAGAAACCGGACAACUUUCUCACAGAGUCAACUUGAACUUCUAGAACAAGAAUUUGUGAAAACACACUAUCCAGGAGUGGCAACAAGAGAAGCUCUAGCAAGUAAAACUAAUCUAUCAGAGGCAAGAGUUCAGGUUUGGUUUUCAAACAGGAGAGCAAAGUGGCGCCGUCAUCAACGUUUGAAAAUAUUUCACAGUGCACACUCGUAUCAGUUCCCCAGCCCUCAGCGUGGACCCAAAAAAACAUCUGGGUUACAAAACCAUCAAGAAACAUCUAAAUAUCCAAAUAUCUCCUUUCCAGAUACAUUGUGUUCUUCAAUACCAUCUUCAUUUAUUACUCCCAUUCCAAGAAAUGAAAGGACAAUAGAAGAAAGAGGUACCUCAGAAAUAGGGAUGGAGAAAGCUAAUAGAGAAAGUACUGUAGAGAAAACUGAAAGCUUAGAUUUAUCAGUCAAUAAGAAACUUUCAACAAAACCAAGUUUUUCAAUCAGUGAACACUCAGCCUUUAAAUCAAUGGAAUCACAAAAGAAUGUUUUAGAGUCAGGACGUUGUCAGAUAUAUUACCAUUAGGACUGGCAGUAAAUCUUCCAUUUUCUGAGAUCAUAUUAGAGUUCAAGACACAUAGCCAACAACAACAAUCAUAUUCCCUGUAUUAUGUAUGCUAAAUUGAUACCAGAGAAUGUCUAGCCUUGAGACAUUUUUAGACAGAAUUAAAAAAAAGAAAAUGUUUGUGUAAAAUGUUGUACGUGUUUCGGAUGUUCUUUCAGAGUUGAAGAUUAUCUACUACCUUGUCCAAACCUCCUGCAGGAUAACAGGGGAGCAGAGAGUAUCAACCCGAGUCCACUGACUAACAGAAAGGCAGUCCAGUUCCAGUGUGCAAAUGUACUCUUUCAAGAAUGUUAAUGAGAAGAUUAAAAACUCUCAAAUUUAUGCAGAACCCUAACUCCCUCAUUCUUUCAUACUUAACAAUACAAAGGAUUUAACAAUGUGUUAUAUAUAAAAUGACUUUUUAAUGUAUAUAAAUCACAAAAGAGCAAUAAAAUACUGAUUAGUACAAAAAAAGAUAAAAGAUUCACACUAAAAAGAUGAGCAUUUACAAUGGUCCUAAAACUGUAAAAACAUAGAAGCACUCAUUAUUUACAUUUAUCAAAUACAUGUGUCAAAUAUUCUAAUACUGGAGAGUAGUAUAAAUUAAACAAAUAUGUCUAUAAUUUAAAAGAAUGCAUAAAUAUGACCAUAUGGCGAUGCUGGUUUGGUAAAGUUAUUAAUUUUCUCAGAUCAGAUACUGGAUUUAUUCUUCAGUCAUGAUGAAAGUGGAUAAAGUUGAUUUAUCCAUUUCUAAAAAAAUUUAUCACAAGUAGAUUUUUUUUUAAAGCUUAAGUAUAGAAAUGAGGAUGUUCCAUUGAUGUUGAUUUCUAUACAGAGCAAUCCAGCAACUCAAUUAAUUUACAUUCCAUUUUUUUGAAAAGUAAACAAAUAUCCUUUUAAAAUGAAGAUCUCACAAAAGAUAUAAUUUCCAAGUGCUUUUUUAUGGCCUAUAUCUAUACUAUAAAAAAUGAAGUCGGUUUUAUAAUACUGUAAUAUAGGUUUUGUAAAAAAAAAAAAAAAAAGAAAAAAAAAGUGAAAUUUAUAAUUUAUAAAAGCUUUUUUUUUGUAUAAAUUAUCUGCAAAAGAUUUUAUAGUUCAGCAGCAAAAAGCUGGCUAGAAGAAGAAUGUAUAAAUUAUAUAUAAAUGAUAAAACCUAAAUAGGUUUAUUCUAUUAAUAACUAAUUACAAUGUAGUUAUUUUGAGUUGCUUUAUGCCAAUACUCAUUCUUUUUUAAAAUUAUUUUUGAGUGUGUAAUUAAUCACUCUUACAUAAAUGAUGAUAUAAAAUACACUAACAAACAAAAGCAUAAAGCACUGUAGAAUAUUAAACAAGACUAUAUGCUACAUAACAGACAAUAUGAUCCCUAACUUUAUUAAGGAUCCUAUAAACAAAUCACUUUAUAACACAUUUUCGUGUCCAAAAAUACUGUAAGAACUUGCAUUUUUUUU